AUGCGUAUUAAUGUUUCAGGUGCACGACCAGAGCACAGAAUUACGGGUCUUGAAAUCAACCCAGAUGAAGGUGUGGAUGGACUGCGCCGCGCUGUUGCUGAACGACUCAACACUUCAGCAGAGGGAUUGCGGCUUAUUCACAUGGGACGUCUGAUUGAUAACUCUCGACCAUUGAGUUCAUUCCUUCAUGAUGAUUCUAUAGUCCAUGUGGUGGUCCCCCCAGCGGGAUUUGAAAAUCGUACGCAAGGUUCCAAUAGUAGUACUGGUGGUGGUAUGAAUAAUAAUAAUAAUAAUAACUCUAAUAACAAUGGUCAGGGACAAGGGUUUAAUAAUAUUCCCAAUUUCCCAGAAACAUUUCAGAUUAAUAUACCUGAAAUUCAGGCUGCUGCUAUGACUGCUUUGCCAGCCCUCGCUCCAAGUAUCAUGACUGUGGCGAGAUCUUUGUUCCCGGCAAUUCCAAUCGGUGAAGUUAUUUUUGAGGGUAUUAGAGUUCCACCUCCACAACAACAGCAGCAGCAACAGCAACAGCAGCCACAACAACAACAGCAGCAACCGCCACAACAAUCACAACAACAACAGCCAGGACAACAGCAGCAAUCACAACAGCAGCAACCGCAACCGCCACAACAACAACAACCAGGACAACAGCAAUCACAACAACAACAACAGCAGCAACAGCAACAGCAACAACAACAACAACAGCAGCAACAGCAAGAGGCUCCAUUUGGACAUCGGCAAACCGUGCAUCGUAUUUCUUUUCCAUCAACUAUGAUGCCGCAAGAUGGAUCUGUAACUGCGCCACUUCACAUUCAUGUGCAUGUGGGUCUUAAUGAACUUGAUGAACUUCCUGAGCGGAUUGAACGACUCCGUGAACGCAUGCGGUUUCCAAGGUGGAACAUUUCUACACACUUUGAAAAUCCACCAGCAACUCCAGUAACUCCAGCCGUUCCUCCCACGGCUCAACCUAAUGGGGCGACAACAGGUACAGCUGGUGAAGCAAGUAAUAACAAUAGUAAUACUACUACUACUAAUAAUAAUAAUGAUGCCUCUACUAGAGGUGCAAGUUUCCCUUUGGGACUAGGACAUGAAGGUCUGGUUGAACUAGGAACCAGAGUAUUCGGAAUAAAUCAUGAAGAGACAGGAGCUUUAUCCCAGAUUCUCACCAUUAUUUUCUCAGAGGAUGCCAUCCCAAGAUUGAUGCGCCUCGCAGGUGGGGAUUGGAAUUUUAUUAUAAAUUCACGUCAACCCUUAACAGAAUUGGUGCAGCAGUGGGGAGCUCCAAGUGGAGGGACACAGUUUGCCACAGCGGAGGAAAAUCGUCAUCAUCGAUUGGAAACGGAGGUUGAUAGCAUCAUGAAUACGAUUCGAAACGAUAGAUCAUCGAUGCAGGCUAUUCAAUUGGAAAUUAAUCCUCAAGCUAAUUUCUUUACAGAGUUUCGAAAUCUUCUCUUAAAUGCACACGAAGAACUGGCUAAUGCUAUUUUGAAUACAAUUGAAGACGGAGUUGAGUGGGUACGUGGUUUAAGGAUUGCUUUUGCUCGUGCUGUUGGAAUAGCUGUAGAGCGAUCUUCAAAUUGGUUUGUAAGAGGUUCAACAGGGAUGAAUAUUCUUUUAACAAGAUUACUACAAGCUGCGGCACAACAAUAUUCUGAAAACGGCGUGAUGUGGGUUCAGGGAGUUAUUCCUAUUUUACAAAGUCUUGCACCUGCCCAUAUGCGAGCGUGGCAUGCUGAAUACCUCGCUCAGUACAGACGAGAGAGUGAUGCAAAUAUUUUUAAUGCCCCCUCAGCAUCCCCUGAAAGAGGUGAAGAAGAUCUUCUAGAUGAUUGUCUAGCUGAAUUUUGUGCAGAAAACAGAAGGGAUGAAGCUGGAUCUACGAAUUCUCCGGUAAAUUCUCAUCUGCCUCCUGCCGCCUCCCCUUCUGAAGGAGGAGGAACAUCCAGUAAUGCUGAUAAUCAGAGAGAUGAAUUGCGCAACGCAUUGCAUGCCUUUGGAGGACUCCCUGAGGAAGUAAAUGAAGGUAUCGUUGGUCGCGCACAACGUUUCCGACAUGAGAGUCCACCAGCUGAGUCUGGUGAGAGCUCCAAGAUGUGGAAACAGUUGAAGAAGCAGUAG